ACGUCCGGUAGUCGCUUUCGUUUCCAAAAUGUCGGAAGCAUAGCGUUGUUGUUGCUGGGUAUCCUCUUGGCUAUAUACGAUCUUUGAUUUAGCUUCUCAUAUGUUAGCUAGCAGCUAGUUAGCAUAACAGUCGGAGGAGUGUAGCCGCUGUGAUACGAAGGCUUCACUGAUGUCGGUCAGGAGCACCGCUGUGGAGUGGGUUGAGACAACCGAGGAGGUUGUUAUCAUAACAGAGGAGUGUCUAACACCUGAAGAUGACAACCCUGCUGCUGCAGUGAUACCAGUAUUAGAGCCAGCAGAAACACCAAUCCAGAAGUUACUGGACACUGUGGGACAAGGAGAUAACCCAGAGGCAGAUGGAGGCUUUUGUUGUGAGGAGUGUCUGACUCUCUUCCAGGACCAGAGUGAUCCCGCUAACAUUGGCGGCCCAUCUUUUAUUCUUGACUUUCCAACGAGCACGGGUCUCCCCCAGAGGGCCCUCCUCACUCUUCCCUAUGGCUUGAUGAUAGGCAGAUCCAGUAUUCCCAGUGCAGGCAUUGGGGUCCUAAAUCACGGACCGAUAGUGUCUCCAGGAAUGCAUUUUGGACCAUAUGAGGGGGAAGUGACAACAAGGGAAAAUGCCAUGGCAAGUGACUUCUCCUGGGAGGUUUACAAAGAAAAAGAUGAAUAUGAGUAUAUUGAUGCUGCCAGAGAAUCACACUCAAACUGGAUGAGGUACGUCAAUUGUGCUCGCAAUAAAGACGAGACGAAUUUGCUGGCGGUCCAGUACAAAGGUAGCAUCCUUUUUCAUUGCUGUCGCACCAUACACCCUGGAGACGAGCUCAUGGUGUGGCCCAGCAGCACGUUUCUCGCCCAUUUUAGUGAAGCUUGGACCCAGGUGUGGGUUAUGAAGUUGAAUGCAACAGAGAGCAGCACAACGGCGACAUCUCAGCUCUUCCUGUGCUCCCAAUGCCAGCUGUCCUUCACUACAGAGUCCUUCCUCCAGCGACAUACAGAAUACUUCCACAUGCAGCCUGAAGAGGACGACACAACACCGGCUGCUGAGGCAGCUGAACCUGAAAAUCCUGUUUCUCAUGCUGACUCAGGUCACUCUGCCGCCUCUCUGGUGGUGUUAUCCGUCGACCCUGUCGAGUCCAAGACAUGCGGUGAUUGCGGAAAGACUUUCAAGCAAAUCCCUCACCUCAGGAGGCACAAGCUUUGCGUCCACUCCAACAAACGUCCCUACUGCUGCCCGCAGUGCAGGCGGAGUUUCAGCCAGGCGUCUGGCUUAAUCAGACACCAACUGGUUCACAGAAAGCAGGCUGUGAUAACAGACACAAACAUUGUUUCUAAUCAGGACAUGAAAGAGACACUGAGCUCAGAACUUCUUGACACGGCAGAUCCAGCUGCAACCGAGGAAACAGAGGACAUGAAUGUAAGUGAGAAUGUACAAGAAGCCAUGGAUGUAACUGAAACUGAGAGUACUCCUGCAGGAGAGGAAUCCCAAUCCAGUUGUUCAGACUGCAGUAAGAGCUUCACAAAUGAAGCAUCCCUUAAAAAGCACAAGGUGAUGGUCCAUGAAAUGUUGCGUCCAUACGUCUGCACCGUGUGUCAGAAGUGCUUUGGCCAGUUCAACGACCUGACCAGGCACCUGCAGCGUCACCAAAAGCAAAGCAAGAAGGGCAAAAAACAAAACGAGGCCCCGGAGGAAUCUACCACCAUGCCCUUUAGCUGUGCCGAGUGCUCACUGACUUUUUCCUCCGUAGACGCUCUUCAGCAGCACAUAACUGAGCAUAACACGGCGGAGACAACAGUGGCAGAUGAAGUAGAUGAUCCGGUGCCUGCUGGUGACGAUCAGAGCCACGAUCCAGACUUCAGCCCAAAACCAUCAGCGGCUGAAACGGUCGAAUGUGUCCAAAAACGUCAGAGGCCUCGGCGACUUGGUGCUGGAUCUAAAAUUUCUGCCAUAACCAAGCUCAUAGCUCCAAAACGAAGGGCAGCCGUCUGCAAGAAGCCGUUAACCAGCCCCGCAGAGAGCUCCGCUGAACCUGUCAGAAAUCGUAAGUUAGCAAAAUACAAAUGGUUCAGCUGCAAUCGCUGUAAACGAACAUACGGAAACUCUGAUGAUCUCAAGGCGCAUAAGUGCGCUUUGAAGCAGCUCAGGUGUGGUCAGUGUGGGGCGACCUUCAGUAAGUCUGGCUUCCUGAAAAGACACGAGCAGAUGGUGCAUGCGAACGCAAAAUCUUACAGCUGUGACCGCUGCGGUAAAGUCUUCACGACAUCUGGCAACCUGAAGCAGCACCAGAAGAGCAACACUUGUAUGAAGUAUCACUGCUCGUCUGAGCUCUUCCCGUGCUCCUUCUGUCAGUUCUCCUUCACUAUGAAGAGCUACCUUAUUAAACACGUCAAGAGGCACCACCCGGUGGAGUAUCUGUCCCACUGUGAUUCAGACAGCCUGGUGGAACAGCUGGAGGAAGAGGAGGAGGAGGAGGAGGAGGAAGAAGAAGAGGAGGGGGAGAAAAAAUAUGUAUGCCCCCAUUGCGGGAAGAGCUGUGCAAGCGCCAAAGCUUUCAAAUCCCACUCGUGCUUCCAGCAGGUGAAGGUGCUGUUCUUGUGCACCGACUGCGGGAAGGGCUUCACGAACCACUACGGUCUCAAGCAGCACCAACGCAUUCACACGGGCGAGAAGCCGUACAGCUGCCCCCACUGCAGCAAAAGCUUCUCGUACACCGGACAGCUCAACGUGCAUCUCAGGACGCACACCGGCGAGAAGCCGUACCUGUGCACCCACUGCGGCGAGAGCUUCCGGCAGUCGGGAGAUCUGAAGCGGCACGAAAGGAAGCACACGGGCGUGAGGCCCUACAGCUGCCCCGAGUGUUGUAAAAGCUUCAGCCGCCCGCAGAGUCUCAAAGCUCACCAGAUGCUUCACCUGGGACAGAGGAUGUUCAAAUGCACCCAGUGUGGGAAGAGCUUUUCCAGAAACUAUCAUCUCAGGAGACACCAUCAGAAGAUGCACUUGUAGCCACAUUUUGACAGCUUUGGAAACGCUGUAGAGGGGCUUAAAGUGGGAGUAGGCAGAAUAUUUUUGGCAUCAUUGGUCAAAAAUUCCAUAAUAACCUUUCAGCAUAUUGUACUUCAAGUGUUCUGAGCGAUAACUAGACUUCUGCACCUCAUCAUGGCUCUGUUUUCAGGCUUUAGAAAAUCUAGCCUGUGACGGGAGACUUUGGCCAAUCACAGCAGGUCAUUUCAGAGUGAGAGCGUUCCUAUUGGCUGUUCUACAAAUGCAGAUACGUGUGCACAUCUCUUCAGAUAGUGAAAGCCUGAUUCAAUGGCGGAAUAUCCUGCAGGAAAAGUUGCUAUUCCAGCAUAUAUUAUUUCAUAUUUUAGCCUUCUGCUUACGGCUGCGGCUAGCUCACAGCGUUACUUUACUUUCAGAAAACUACCUACCCUGGGCUACAACUUGAAUUACAAAUAUGCUGAAAAGUAAUUAUGGAGGUUUUGCUCAAUAACACCAAAAAUAAACUAGACUGUGCCUCCCGCUGCUUUAAAUUGUUCUCAGUUUAAACUGAAUUGCACUAAAUGGUCAAGUACUUCACAAUCGUGUUCAAGAAUUGCAGAGAAUUGUUGAAUGUCCUGUACAUAACGUUAUUUUAACUUAAGUUUGUUUAAAGCUAAAGCAUUUCUUAACCAAAAAAAGUUGAAUUUUAUGUUAAGAUUUGAAAGCAGAAAAUAUAAUAUAAUCAUUCACUGUAAAGGAGCUCGGCACAGUCGCAUAAACAAGAUGCUUGCUUUGAAAUAAAAACCACCAGCUUGACCAUCA